AUCUCUUGUUUCCUGCCAAGGGAGAAGUUUGCAGUGACUCACCGGUGUAAUGAUCUGUACUUGGUCCUUUUGUUUUCUUGGCUUUCCCAUGUGAUAUCUUUGUAUAUAACCCGGCUUAUCAAGCUUUUUUCGUAAGUUCUCACGCACUUCAUUAUGUGAACAUUGUUGACAGAUGAAGAGUCCUUCCUAGAUCUCUCGUCAUGGAUGCCUCGAUCAUGAUGAAGGAGUGCGACGCCCCUCCAGCGGCAUCCGCCAUGCCUCACGAUCUUCCCCCGACCGAGCUCCCCGUCCCCGGCCCUGAUUCGGUCACCCUCGCAAAGAAGCGCUCGCAAUGGUCUUGUAUCGACGACAACCGUCUCCGAAACAAUCUUUUCGCCGCCGUCGGUUUUCUCGAACUCGCAAACGCAGGCGACUUUGCCGCCAACGUAUGGAACGAUGUCCCCGUACCCAUCUACGCCAUCGUCUUCAUGGCCAUCGGCGGAACUGCUGCCUUCGUCAUCUCAAUCUGUGCAUUCUUCGAUUCGAGAAAGGCAUGGAGAAACAUCAAGUUCUUGAGACAGCAGAAACAAUACCUCGAGACGGAGAAGGAGAAUCUCCCUGCUGGGGCUGAAUCGAGGGGCCUCGAUGUUUUUAUCGAGAUUACGACGAGGGAACUACGAAUUGAAAUAAUUAAUCGGUGGGCGAUGGACUUGUUGAUGGGAGGGGGCGCUAUGUUGAUCAGCAUUGGUACAUACAUGGCUAUUGGUGGCGCCAACAGAAAGGUUUGGCAUGCGAGUAACAUCCUAUCCGGAUAUCUCGGCAACGCUCCCAUCGCGCUAUUCGGUCUCAUUAGUGCGAUUUGGGCUUCCAUGGUUGUCUCCAAGAUGCGAUCGCACGUCGAAGUGGCUAAGAAAGAACUUCAAGGCUCACCAUCACUUCCGUUGUUAAAGCAGAGAUGUUUCAACGUUCAGCUCUUUUUCAUCCUCAACGGCAUCGCGAAUGUUCUCGGAGGAGUUGGUUCAAUGAUUACGGCUGAGAGAUGGUGGGGUUAUUGUAUUCUAAUUCCCGUCAUUGUCACUUCGAUCUUCUGCAACGUUUGGUGGCGACACAGAGUGGGAUAUGAUCGACCUUGCAUAUCUGCUAUACCGCCGCUGACCGUUGAUAAUAUCACUGAGGCGCUCGAGUCGACUUCUCAACUGCGAUAUACGAUUCAAGACGGCGCUGGCGUCAGUCUUGAUCAGAUCUUUGGAGAAGAGGAUACUCUACAGGAUGUCUUAGAGUUGUUUGUCAAGCAUGACCUCUUUGAACAGUUCAGUCUGCGAUUAGUUUCGAACAAGAAGAUUGGUCACUUAUUCGUCAAGGCGCAGGAGCUUCGAGUGCAAGUCAGUGUGGCUAGCAUUCUGGAUGUAUCAGAAGAGCAUCAUCCUCUCAUUCUGUCUGCAGCAUUGCGAUUCUUGAAGAAGCAAGGACCAAGACACUUGUUGCACCGAGAGCGUUUUCUCAUUGAAGUUUUGGGCACAUAUCUGAACCAGGAGAAGAAAAGCCAGACGGUGGAAGUCGAGAAGUAAGGCUAGAAUUGUGUCGUGUGUACACUUUUUUGUUUCAUUUCUUCGGCACUGGUGCGUCGUAGAUUCGAUGGCAUAGACUUUCCUGGCAGGACUUGCAGGUCAAGCUGGACUUUAAGAACUUUCAUAAUUCUCAAUCAACAUUUCCCCAUACAAUGAUUCAUCCCAGGUG